AUGUCAUCACCAAACUCCAGGCCAAUUCUUUCACUCGCAAAAACUCAAGAUGCCCGUGAGCUUGCUGCCAUCACCACAAGGGCCUUUGAAGUAAGCGAUACUAUAUAUCCGAUUAUAUGGGGAGACACCGAGCCUGGGGCCCAUGAUACCGCUGUGAUGCUGUUGUUCAACCCAAUGCAGAGUGAAACUAUAGCUACCUGGAAAGUAGAGAUUGAUGGAAGGAUCGUGGGUUAUGCUCGAUGGUCGUUGCCUAAAACUUUUGAAAUCAAAGGAGUAGAUAUGGGUGAGCAAAGUGCAGAAUAUGAUGAAAACGCCGCAGCGCAACACAAGAAGAAGGUAGAAGAGGGAUGGAAGACACCUGCUGGUAUGAACUUCGAUCUAUUCAUGCAAAAGGUGAAGAGUACAGUUGAGUGUAAGAAACGUGAUUAUAAUGCAGAAAAAGAUAUGCUUCUUUAUCUCUGUUUUGUCGAUCCAGCAUACCACAAACAAGGAAUAGGAAAUCUGUUGUUAAAAUGGGGACUGAGUAUAGCAGAUAACAAAGGCAGCAAAAUAUGUUUGGUUAGCACCCCGCAAGCUCGAAAUUUCUAUGAGAAAAGUGGAUGGCUCGUAAAGGAGAACCUGGAGAUUAAUCUAGAAGCAUAUGGGAGAAGCGAGAUCUAUCGACGAAGUUGGAUGAUCAGGGAAGCUCGAGCCGAAGAAAGUCUGUAG